AUGGAAACCGGUUUAGCCAUCUUGAAGUUGUCCUUAUGCCUCAGCCUCGUGGCUUUAUCAUGUGCUCAGGCUCCAGCACGGUGGAAGUGGAACCCAGCCAUGGGGAUGCGUCCGGGAACGUGUGACCACUAUGAGUGUCCCACCUUCAAACUGGCUGAGGCCGGAUACGGCUAUGAUCUCCGCGUCUAUGACUCUGCGGUCUGGAUGUCCACUGCUCCCAUCUCCGCCCCAUCCAUGACUCAAGCCACCAAAACCGGUUUCCAACGAUUAUUUAGUUACAUACAAGGAGAUAACAAGAACAAGACAAAGAUGAAUAUGACAGCUCCGGUGAUGACGCAAGCAACACCGGGAAAAUCAGUCUACACGGUCUCCUUCUACCUCCCCAAGAAGAACCAACAGAACCCACCUCUCGCCGAUGACCUCCACGUGCAGCCAUGGAAACCAACCUACGUUGCCGUGAGGCAGUUCGGUGGAUACGCGUCGGACGAUGCGGCCAAGAAAGAAGCUGCAGCUUUGAUGGAUAGCCUCAAGGGCACUGAGUGGAUUGUGGCCAUUGAGAAGAGCAAAGGGAAGUCGCCGGAGUAUUUGGUCGCCGAUUAUAACCCGCCAUUCCAGACCACGGCUAGAGUUAAUGAGAUUUUGGUUCCGUUUAACAUGUAA